AAAGCAAGCGACUGCAGACAACAACUUCCUGGGACGGAUCUCGAGUCUGCGUCGCCAUGGAUCAAAAUAACACAGAGGAACGUCUUAAUGUCUUGUUGGUAGGUGAGGGAAAUUUCUCCUUCUCCCUUGCCCUUUGCAAUACCAGCCAAGACAAAUAUCGUAUUACUGCCACCUGUUAUGAUGCUGAAGAUACAAUAUGCAAAAAGCCCUUUGCCUGCCAGAAUGUACAGACACUUCGAGACAAAGGAGCUAUAAUCUACUUUGGAGUGGAUGCAACAAGACUUAAAGAUCAUGAUUUGUCUUCCAACGCACCUUAUGAUAGAAUUAUUUUCAACUUCCCUCAUUGUGGAAGGAAGGCUGGUGUGAAGAAGAACAGAGAGCUGCUUGCAAAUUUUUUUCAAAGCUGUGCAGAUGUUUUAACCCAGAAAGGGGACAUCCAUGUGGCCUUAUGUAAAGGACAGGGUGGGACUCCUGCUGACCGUCCAAUGAGAGAAUGGCAUAACAGCUGGCAAGUGGUAUCCAUGGCAGCCAGAGCGGGGUUUGUUCUGAGUGCAGUUGUUCCCUUUGCCAGUGAUGUAUACAGUGGGUAUCAGUCCACAGGGUACAGAAGCCAAGAAAAAUCAUUUCUUGUGGAUGGCUCAUUGAAUCAUAUCUUCACCAGAGGUUUGCCAGUGGAGAACAUGAUUCCGCUGGACAUAAUCAGUAUGUUAAUGGGAACGCCACCUUCUCGCCAGACCCCAGAAUGGUGUGAUAAAAUUGGGGAUUUACUGAGAAGAGAUCCAUGUCAUCCCACCAACCUACUCAAUGAUAAACUUGUGGCCUUCCUUGGCCAAUCCAUGAUCCUAAAUCAUUUCAAAGAUACAUUCCCUCUUGUACGCGAGACUUGUGUUUCUUCUGCUUGUCCUUGGCAAUCAGAGUCUCAAGCCAGUUUGUAUUAUACUCGGACUACUGACAAGAAUGAAAUACCAUCAACGGACUUUCGUGAUCUUCAGGAAAAGAAGGCUUCUUGUGAUAAAAACACUUAUGUGAUGGAUGUCCAUGCAACAUGUGAUGAAAACACAGAUCAGAACUUUAGAAUCGGUUACUUGAGGCCAUCACUGACACACUGUAUUGACUGUAUAAUUAAGAAAAAUCAUAUUUCAUCCAAUUCUCUGUAUGUUUUAAGUGGGCCUGUUUUUAGGAAGUGUUUAAUAUCACCGUGGAUUAUGCCAGUUUACCGUGAGACUCUUAUCAUGUUGGGAUUUCAGAGUAAUAAUGCCACAGCCCAUCAUCAACUGCUGAUUGAUGCUGUUGAAAAGGCUAUAAUGUCUCUAGUGACUUUUACAUCCAGUGAAUCUAUUUGUUUUGUUAAGAAUGAAUUAGAAUCCUGUACAAAUGUGAACCCUUUAACUGCUCACCAGAAGCUUACUGGUGCACAUUAUACGAUUAAUAUGUCAGCACCUGCUUGUAGUGGAGAUCAAGUUGUAGGACGCAUAAUUUCAGUUUUACCAGGGCAGCUAAGUAACAACUUUGGUCUUCUACUGGUGACAAUUAAUAUAGACCUAAUAACCUUGCUUCUUUUAGAUGUCCCUGAUUGGCGACUGCUCUGGACAGCAGAUGCUCGAUUCAUGCAACAGUACAAGCUUCACCAGCUAAAACCCUUUCAAACCUUAUCUUUGUAUCCGCCAUAUUAUGUUCAUGAUGUCAGCUUCUGGGUCGGUGAAGGCUCAGUGUUUGAUGAUAUAGAGUUUCACACUAUUGUCCAAAGAGUCUCCAAGGGGACUGUUGUUCGCAUUCAGCUACAGGAUCGAUUUGAGAACUCCACAGCCAGAAAUACCAGCCUGUGUUAUCGGGUUAUCUAUCAGUCUUGUGAUAGGGCUCUUUCUUAUGAGGCAGCAUCAGCAAUGCAACUGCUAUUAAGGGAAGAGCUGCAACGGUGUCUAAGUGUCACGCUUAGAUAGUAAACUGCUGUGUGCAUGACAGCAAAACCUUGCUCCAUGUUAACAAGAAAAAAUGGUCACUUUAUUAGGUACACCUGUAUAAUUGGUUGUUAACACCAAUAGUUAAUCAGCCAAUAACAUGACAGCAACCCAAUGCAUUUAGGCAUGUCUAUGUAGUUCAAACAUCAAGUCUUCCAGUCUUCCAUUGUCCGGUUUCUGUGAUCCUGUGAAAAUUGUAGCCUUAGUUUCCGGUUCCUAGCUGGCAGGUGUAGAACCCGGUGUGGUCUUCUGCUGCUGUAGCCCAUCUGCUUCAAGGAAUGGUUUUAUGAGUUACUGUUGCCUUUCUGUCAUCUCGAACCAGUCUGCCCAUUUUUUCUUUUACUUCUGUAAAGUGUUUUUCAAAUAAAAGUCAGAAACUGUGAAAAAAAAAAAAAAA